CAGGUCUUCAUAUUCGGCGUCAACUUCCCGGAACAUCGAUUUCUCUACCGUUCCCUUGAAUCCUUCUUUGGCAUCGGGGUCGACACGCGACGGCGGAUAAUGGCGAAGAUGCAUUUACACGAGACGAUCAAAGUGGGCGAGCUCACGCAACCGCAGACGAUCGAGCUGUCCUCGCAACUAGACGGCCUCAAGAUCGAAAACUUGCUGCGAAGGCAAAUCCAACAGGAUAUAACACGCCUGAGAGACACGGGAACCUACCGCGGUAGACGCCAUGCUAUGAAUUUGCCGGUCAGAGGCCAAAAUACUAGGAACCAGAUCAAGACGGCGGUUAAGAUGAACAGGGCGGAGAGGUAU